AUGGAUACCCAGCGACCGCCGAAGAAACCGGCGAGGGUAUAUGGGAAGAAGAAGCAAGUCUCCAGGAGCGCGGAUAUUUUUUUGCAGGAUUUGUCGCCGGCGGCAAGAAAGGUGGGGGAGGUGGGGGAGGGGGAGGUAGAGAAGAUGGCGGAGGUGGUGGAUCAGAAACUUGAGGAGGAGGGGAAGGGGAAGGAUAGCAAAGAUGAUACAGGGAACGAGAAGCCCGUGUCGGAGAUCCAGGAGGGGGCUUCGCCAAAGAACAGCGGUGAUAGCAGCGCGAAACCUACACUAGAGACAACGACGACUACGAGCGCGAAACCGAAAACGCCGAAGAGCUCACGGAAGAAAAAGGAGGCAAAAGAACAAAAGACAGAGGAUAAUGGAGAAAGCCAGCCAAGCGCUGCCGGGAACAAUGAACCUAAACCACAUCCCCAACCACCAACAAAAGCGAAAGCCCACUCCGACCCAGAGGCGCUGGCAGAUCUAACACACACCCUCAACGCCCUCCAACUUACCCCCGCCUCUUCCCCCCCUCAACCCGCACCCCCCAAACACCGUCCCCGCCGUCCCCGCCCCUCCGCCGCCCCCUCAACCACCUCAAAACCCCCCACCACUACCACCACCACCACCACCACACACCCACCCCCCUGGCUCGCCCCCCUCCCCCCUCCCCUCCCCUGGUCCCACCUCCUCUCCCCCCACUGGCCCCUCACCAAACUCACCGAAUCCUCCUACGCCGAGAUCUACACCCUCCACAACCCCUCCGGCUCCUCCAUCCUCAAGAUACUCGCUCUGCGUCCUCCGCGCGGGCCGGGGAGUAGGAGGGAGACGGCGUGUAAAGUCGAGGAUGUGCUGAGCGAAGUCGCGAUAUUGGAUCUCGUCACUGAUGUGUCAGGAUUCGUCGUCUUUCGCGGUGUAUUCGUAGCCCGCGGCGGUGUGCCGGCGGGUGUGGUUAGGGCAUGGGAGGGGUGGAAUGAUAACCCCCCCGGAGCCAACGCCACUGCCGAGGAAAGCGAAUCCUGGGACGAAGGAUACGGACGAAGCGCCUUCCCGCACCCGUCGAGGUAUCAUAAGGACCAACUCUUCCUGGUCCUGGAACUGGGGGAUGCGGGGAAGGAUUUGGAACACUACAACCUGACGACAAGGGAGGAGCUGUGGGAUGUGUUUCUGGGAACGGUGGCGGCGCUAGCGACGGGGGAGGAGCUGUUUGGGUUCGAGCAUAGGGAUUUGCAUGAGGGGAAUAUAUGUCUUCGUCGUGCUGGGGUGGUGGGGAGGAUUCCUACGGCGGCUUCAAACUCAGCAAUAUCCGAAUCGGCAUCUGAGCUCAGGAGCGGAUUCUCAGGACUGGAAAUCACAUUACUGGAUUACACCCUCUCUCGCGCGAUGACCGAGGAGGGAAAGACAUUAUUCCUCGACCUCGACGACCCCGAAAACGCAGCGCUCUUCGAAGGCUGCGAGCCAGGCACAAAAGAGCAGGAGCGGAAACAACGGCGUGUUUAUUCUGCUAUGCGUGAACAUGUCGUCGCUGAAGAACUCCUUACUGGUGCCCAACAAACGGGGAACGGGACGGAGGGGAGAUGGGCAAAACACCACCCCUACACGAAUAUCCUCUGGCUGGCUUAUGUGCUGGAAUACUGUAUUUCGCAUUUUGAGGGACCGAAGGGGGAGUUGAAGAUGUUUGAGGGGGAGAUUAGGGGUGUGAGAGCUAGACUGCGGAAGGGAAAGGAAGAGGGGGGGUGGAGGAGUACGGCGGAGGUUAGGGAGGAGGUUUGGGGACGGGGGUGGGUUGUGUUGGAAGAGAAGGUGGAGGAGGGGGAGUGAGAGGUUUAUAUGGUCCUCUGAUAAUCGGAAGAACCUAUACAAGGGGGGGGGAGAGCCGCAUCCACUGUAUGCUGGGCGCAGUUGCACGCCCGGCUCAACGCAUCUACAGCGCGGGUAUGCCGCACAAACCCGCGACGUGCCGUGCGGACCGCGCGGAUAAUACCCACGACGGAAUGAGAAAGCCCCGAUGAGCGCGGAGACGGAUGCGGUAUGCUGCUUUGGAUGCAGGUAGGGGAGAGAGAGGGAGCGGCUUGAAGGGAUUCCAGAGAGUAGGAGGAGAGUACCAGGGGGAAGCUCGAGAGGCGCAGCGACGCCGUGGCCAGGGAGAAGGGCGAGCAUGAUAGAAAGGAGGGAUGCAGAGGUGCAUGGAGUUUGGGAAAUAGCAUACACAGCGGAAGAGAUAGAUACCACACCAUGUAUACACAGCAAUUGCCAUC